CAUGGCCAUGUCGGAUGAAAUGAAAUCGUUCGUCGUUCGGUCGUUGUUGCGUUUUGCUUCGCCGUCUGGCGCCUGGCUCGCUCGCGGAAUCGGUGGACGUUACGUUACUGUUGUGUUUAUCAUAAAUGGCUUGCUUCAGUUUAAAUUAGAUUGAGUUUUUUGGUAUUCGUUAAUAAUUAGUGGUAAUAAGAAUGAUGGUGUUUAGGAACUCGAUAUAAAAGGUUUACAUGAAUUAGUGCAACAGGCGAUUGUAAGUCGCAAAGGGCUCGUGUAAACAUAGGAGAACGUUGUAAUUACAACAUGCCUACGGAUUCUGAAUGCGAGUGCGACCUGGUGUCGAAGGAGUGGUUGUUGGCGAAGUUACGCUCCGACGAGAGAGAUACUGUGCUGAUAGACUGUCGCGGUUCCAACGAAUAUGCAAUAUCCCACAUCCGCUCCGCAGUGAACUUUUCAAUACCGAGUAUAAUGCUGCGGCGCUUGGCCGCGGGCAAGAUCGAGCUAGUAUCAACUGUGCAGUGUAAAGAGCUUAAGGCGAGGAUCUCGCACUGUAGUACGCGGGGCAUCUUUGUGUUGUACGGGGAAGGAGUUCCUCGGGACCCCGACUCGGUGCAUGGAAUCCUGCUGCGGAGGCUAAAGCAAGAUGGCGUGCAGGUUGUCUGCCUUGAAGGCGACUUCGAAGAGUUCCGGCGCGCGUACCCCGAGUGGUGCAGCGAGGCGGGCGCGCAGCACGUUCCACAUCUACCCCUAAUGGGACUGAGAUCGCUGCGCAUCUCAGGGUCGGGGUGCGAGGAGGCGCUGUCGUCGGGCUCGUCGUCGGAGUGCGAGGACGCGCACGGCCACGCGCCGCAGGACUUCCCCAUCGAGAUCCUGCCCAACCUGUACCUCGGCAACUCCACCAACAGCGAGGACUGCGACGCGCUCGCCAGGCAUAACAUUAAGUACGUGCUGAACGUGACCCCAGACCUGCCCAACACCUUCGAAGCGGAGGGCUGCGGAAUAAAUUACUUGAAGAUACCCAUCGCUGAUCACUGGAGUCAAAACCUCUCCGUACAUUUUCCACAGGCCAUAAGAUUUAUUGAGGAGGCGAUGUCUGCGCGCUGCGGCGUGCUGGUGCACUGCGUGGCCGGCGUGUCGCGCUCCGUCACCGUCACGCUGGCCUACCUCAUGCAGCGCCACCGCCUGUGUCUGCGCGACGCCUUCGAGCUCGUGCGCUCGCGCAAGACCGACAUAGCGCCCAACUUCCACUUCAUGCGCCAGCUGCACUCCUUCGAGCGGGACCUGGGCCUGCACGAGCACAGCGCCAGUCUGAGUAAGGUGCUGCAGGCGCUGGGCGCGCCUGAGCCGGCGCCGGCCGCCGCCGCCUGCGCCUGCGCGCCGCACGGCGUGUCGCCCGACUCCGGCAUCGAGUUCGACCGCUGGAGCGCCGCCAGGGACACGCCGCAAUGACAGUUCUUCACGCCGCGCCAGCCCCACUGCGGCCCGCCGCCCCGGCCCGGCCCGUCGGGCCCGCCCCCCGACCCGGGCCAGCCGGGCCCGCCAGGCCAGCCAGGCCCGCCAGGCCCGCUAGGCCCGCCCGGCCCGUCGCCUGCCUGAGCACCGCCCCCGUACGUCCUUGUUUGAUAGCACGUUUCGUAACAUGUAUACUUGGUCGAGCACGCUGCGAACUUUCUCACCGUCGGUAGCGACAGUCGUAGUACGUUAGAGGAGCCCUGCGCCGCAGUGCCGGCUGUGGUUUUAUCUGUUAGUCUUAAGUGAAUCGGAUUAGUGUACAAUAUAUACUUUAUACAUAUUUUUAAGUCAAUUUUAUAAGUUCGACAUAAAUCUGGAUGUACGACUUGAGAUGCAUUCCCGAGUAUUCUUCCAUUAUGCUACGCAUUUUACGUCAGUUCAAUGUUAUUUAAAACUAGUGAGCGCAUUAAAGUGUAUUUUUAUUUGGUUCUCAGGAAUUGUUGGACCGUUUAAUGAUUGUGUUGUCCAUGAAUGUUUAACCUCUGUGAGGGUUACGCGCCGUGAAGGAGGUGACUCCGUGUCACUAGUGCCACUCCAUACAAUCCCAAAAUGUAAUACAUGGUAUUAUUUCUUGAGAUUGGAUGAAUGAUUGUUCUAUUCAUAUUUUUAUUAAUAAGUCCAGUUUUUCGUAGAAAAUUGUAAUGACACGGGGCUUCUGAUAACUCUUCCAUUGUUGUUGAUAUAUGUAUAUUGUAUUAGUAUGAGAGUGAGUGCGCGAACGUGCGUGUGAUAUUAUUGUAUAGUUGUAACUAUUGGUCAUAUGAAUACUAUAUUUACAAUUUUUUAACGCCACACUAGCGACCACUGCUGCCGCCGGCCGCCACGACCGGCCGAGGAAUUCCGCAAAUACAUAAACCUAUGUUUUAUACGGAAACAAAUAAGUAUUUCGGAUGAAUGACGAUUUCAAUUUAUUUUUGUAUUAGUUUACUGAAAUCAGUCUUAGAAUCGAAUAGCAGCAAUCAAGCAACAAAUGUUGUACAUUAGUGGUCAAAAACAAUUAGUGUGGGAUCUAUUAAUAUAAUUCACACCUACUAUAACAGUUCGAUUAAUAAGGUCUUGAUAUGACUAUUUUUAUAUGGAAUAUAAUACACAGUGUAUGUACUCUAGCUAUAUAGGUGCAUAUAGAAUAUGCCAUAACAAUCAAACAUUAACUUUGCCGUUGAAACCCGAACUCGUUCAAAUUUUAUUUUUAUGUCGUAUUUUAAUUUCACGCUAUACUUAAUGGAUGAAGAACGUAUUGGCGUAUGAAGUGCCAUCAAAUCAAAAAUAUGUAUAUCCAUAAAAUGAUUUAUAUCGAUUACUAAAAAGCAAAAGUUUUUCAAAUAUUAAAAAAAAAUAUCAAAGCAAAAGUUUCUUAUUAUCACAAAGUUUUCUAAUAAAUUGUAUUGUCGAGACCAAAUGCAAUAUUUUUUUUGGAUUCACUUCAAAUUAGUUUGCUUAAAAAAUAUAAUUUACGAGUUACCAUUUUUUUAUGUGAGAAUCGCCUAAAUUAUUAAUUCAACUUUAUUCGGCAGCCUUUUCAAUUUGAAUGAUGAAUGAGCGAUGAAUACAUUGCAGUUUGUCGUGGAUUAAUAAAAUACAUUGUCCAUGCCAUUAAGUACCUAGUUAGUAAGUAGAUGUAACGAGUUCGGUGUUCAGCCGCAGCGUACAAAUCCUCCGCCUCGCAGCCGGGCAAAGACACUGAAUACGUGAUAUUUUUAUUUAAAUAUAUUGACGUUUCCAUUGGCAUUUAUCAUUUACUGACUUAAACUAUAAUUAUAUAUUUUUCUAUACGUUGCAUAGUUUCAUGAGUUUUAACAUAGUAUAUAAAUACAAGGCAAGCUUUAAUAUUAAGUAUGUUAAUUAUGAUUACGAGAAAGUAGAAAAAUUGUUACAAUGUAAAUUUGUUAUAGAUUAAGACUUAAUUGAGUUUAGCUUCCAUAACAAUGAAUGCCAAUUUAUUGAGUAGGUUUGGUCCUAAAACCAAAUUAUUAUUAGCUAUCAACUUUGUUACUUACUUUUGUAACAAAAGUGUUGAGAUCAUUUAUUUUUAGAUUUAUAUCUUCCACAAACGAACAUAUAGAUCACAAGUUUUAGCGACGUUGUAAUUUUAAGUCACAUUUCCAAAUUAGUAAGGUGGAAGAUUAUGCCAAAGUUCACUGUCAUAUAAAAUUACGUCACAGAAAAUAUGGAAUUACAAAAUAUCCACCGUAACGAACUAAACUUGUUAAUUUAGUUAAAACAAUAUAAUUUUAGUUGUUUUGUACAAACCGCCUUUACAUUCUGAAUGUUUCUAAUUGCACUAUACAUUGUAAAGUUUUAUAUUUCUAGGUAUAACGUAAUAUUAUUAUUGUAGUGCACAAACUAAUGUCUGGUCCACGUUAACGAUGCCAUUGUGCGAGUCGAUCCGGAUGGAAACGUAAACAAAUGUAUAUAGAAUUGUAUCAUUUCUGUUAUGGUAUAAAACUCAUGUUAACUGAUGAAGAUGAUGUUGAUAAUGUUUUAGAAAAUCUUUUAGUGCUUUUUCCUAAAGGUACCUAAAGCCACAUGGCACACGUAAUAUUAACCUCAAAACAAAUAUAAACACUGUUAAUCUAUUAUAA